AUGGAAGCGGUUGACUCUGGAACCAGGCAAAGCCGUCACUCUGCAACAAACUCCGAACACCAACUCCACCACCUACCCCAACCCGACCAGCCUUACUCGGAUCAUCGACAUCACUCAUCCUACUCGCGGGAUUCUCUCGACAGGUCGUAUCGGGACACUCCCGCCAUGGCCACGGCAACUCUCAUCACUCCGUCCGCCCACUAUCAACCUCAGCCGUCCUUCUCGUCGCCCUCCAGCUACUCCCAUCCGAGCUCGGGUGCCAGCAUCUCCAACAUGAUCUCCUCCGUUGAGCCUCGAAAGUCGACCGACGACCACGAGCCAUCGAACCGCCAGUCGCUUCCCUCCAUCUCAGAGGUCAUCUCAGGCACCAAGCCGGGUCACUACCCUCCCGCACACUCUUCCGGCCUCCAAUCCGCCUCCAGCCUGCCUUCACCCUUUGCAACGGCUCCUCGACCAUUCCCCGAGGCUGAGAAGCACUCCCCAGGCCCCCUCCACCCGACAUCAUCGUUCCCUCCACGACAGGAUGCUCUGCCUGCCUUCUCGGAUUCGCCUCGCCCCCCUUUCAGCAGCCGGCCAUCUCUUCCUCCUGUCUCUGACCGUCGCCAGAGCCCACCAGCCAAGCCUGAGCUGCCUCCUCAGCAUCACCACCACACGGAGCAGAAGCCCCCGGAGCCUCACCACCCGCUCAACGGCGUUUAUGCUCACCCUCCUCCUCCUCCACCAGGACCAGUUGCCUAUCAGCCUGGCCAACUACCUCCUGGUCAGAUGCCUCUGCCCACCUAUCCGAUUUCUCCCAGACAUGGUGUGCCACCUCACAUUCCGGGACCGUACGACCCCAGACCGCCCACACACGCUGAGGAGGCCGACUACGCCGCCCGUGCUAGAUAUGACGCUACCGUGGACCGACACUUUGAGAGCUGGAGCUACCAAGACUCGCUGAGUCGGAUUGGCAGCUCGUCUCGCACGAUUUUCAACUUUGCGGAAGCUUACAGUAGAAUCGCGCAAGAACAGCAUGGCGCCCACCCUAUCCCGGCAAGACUGCCCACGGAACGUGAAGUGACGGAUAUGCUCAGUAACAUUGAGCUCAUCAAGCGAUCUUUGGAGCAAGUGAGGGACCUGGUGCAAACCUCGAUUCAAAACGAGCGAGCCCGAGAAGGCGCCAAGAUGAAGGGGCCAUACGAAGAGGAGCAUGAUGUGAAUAUGUACGGGGAUGGAAUGAAGCCCCAGUACGGUAUCACAGAAGUCAAGAAGCGACGAGGGCGCGCCGCUCCUCCCGGCCGAUGCCACAGCUGCAACCGAAUUGACACUCCUGAAUGGCGACGUGGGCCCGAUGGAGCCAGGACGCUCUGCAACGCCUGUGGAUUGCAUUACGCCAAACUGGAGAGAAAGCGCCAGCUUGAGGCCAGGUCGAUCCGGCCCAAGCCUGACGAGGCCCACCGACAAUGA